AUGGGGCAAGAUCUAGCCGAGAAGACCGGGGCGGCGGUCGGGCCACAGCAGCAGCAGCAGCCGCAUCAGGCCCCGAGCCGGAACGUGGCCGACUACGACGACGCAGUGGACAGCCUCUUGCUACGCUACCUGUCGCUGCUCGACGAGUACACGCGGCUGCGCGCCGCGCUCGGCGCCCUGCAGAGCACCGUGUUCCAGAGCCUGGCGCGCGCCAACUUCACCGCUGAGCGCGGCGUCCGCCGCUACGGCCAGGACUACUACGACGAGCGCAUGCAGGCCACGCGGCGGCUCAGGGUCACCACUCCUGGUGCCGGUGCUGGCGGCAGUCCCGUGUUCGAGGUCGUGGUGCACAGUCCCGAGGAGGACGACAAGGACGAGGGUGAGGCGGCCGAGGUGGAGGUGGAGCCGGCCAACGGCGUCGACGAGCAGCAAGCCAAUGAGGAGAAACCUAAUGAACAGCAACAGCAACCAGCCCAGAACAAUAACAAGACGAAAAAGAAAAAGCCCAAGCCGCACGACCCGCUGCGCUGGUUCGGCGUGCUGACGCCAAUGGCUCUGCGCGCAGCGCAGGGGCAGGCGGUCGAGGCUGUCCAUGACCUCGUCCCGCGGCUGGCGACGGUCAGCGCCGAGAUGGCCGGCGUCGAGGUCGAGGUGCGGCGGACGCGCAAGAAGCGGGCCAAGGCCGUUGCCGCGGAGGAGAAACGGCAGCAGGAGGAAGAGGAAAAUAAACUCGAGAAGCGAGUGGACGGCCGAGACAAGCCCGGCCGAGCAGAGGUUCUGGCCGAGUGA